UAUAUUUAUAAUAAUAAAAAUGAAGAAGGUUGCAUUUAUGCUCUCAAAAUCUGAUGCUGCUACAUCCAAAGUUAAAAAAAGAUAUGAACGAGGAAGUCAUAGAUACAGUUUAUAUAAACAUUCAACAACAAAUGCAGAUGCGGGGGUUAAUGUAAAGGAUUUGGUAAGAUUGCCCCCUAACGAGGAUUUAAAUGAUUUUCUAGCAACCAAUCUAGUUGAUUUCUAUAACAGAAUAAAACUGUUGUACAGUACUGUUGUGGAGGAAUCUGAUGUUUACAAAACAAAGGCAUGUUCUGAAGAAAGCUGUCCUAAAAUGUCUGGUGGUCCCAAAUAUGAAUAUUUAUGGCAGGACGAUAAAAGAAACAAGAAACCUGUUCAAAUGACUGCCCCAGAUUACAUCAUCACAUUAAUUGAAUGGGUUGAUGAUAUAAUUAACGACGAGCAAGUGUUUCCCUCCUGUGACGAUGUCCCUUUUCCGAAAAAUUUCAAGGAUGUUAUUUCAAGAAUAUUCCGUCGACUGUAUCGAGUGUUUGUACACAUUUACUAUCAUCAUUUCGAUAGACUGAAUGAGAUUAAAGCUGAGGUGCAUGCUAAUGCUCUUUACAAGCAGUUCUACUGCCUUUCUAAGGAGUACAACCUGAUAUCUGCUAAGGAUUAUGAGCCUCUACAGGACCUGACUAGAAGAAUAUGUUCUGAUGUUAAAUAACAAAUGUUCUAAUUGUUAUGAUUGUACAAUUGCAUAUUAAAUGCAACUUAAGAUAUUUAAUAUUUUUGUUUCUUUUUUAAAUUAUUAAAGACGCGUAAGAAAUAUUUGUUUGAUAUGAAACGCAAGCUGGAGUACUCGGCGUUGCCCUGACCAUUAGUCAGUCAUAGUUACUAAGACCGUUUAUCUACGCUUGGUAUUUAAUUGUGAUUUAGCGAACUGUACGUGGAAUUACAUUUUUUGGUUGCCUAUGUCACCCAUGGGUUUGUCACCCAAAUGUAGCCAACUAUAGCUUACAUAUAUAUUCAUAUAUAUUACCAAAGAAUUUAAUGACCUAGAUAUUAAGUUGAAACCUAGUGAACGUCUUACAUAAGUCAAAAUAUAUGUCUUACAGUCCCUUUAAUUGGUCUUAUUAUUCUACAGCAAUUUUAUCAUAACUUUGAUAAAUUCAGAUAAAUGUAAAUAUUAUCUUAAUAUUUUAUAAUAUUUAUUAUAGCGUAUAAUUGAUCCAUACGGUUUAUUAAACAACGUAUUUGUAUCAAAUAUGAAACAAAUCCUGAAAGCUUAAAAUUCAUUUAACAGA